AUGUCCAACAAACCCGCGUACAAAGUCGCCGAUCUUUCUUUGGCGGAAUGGGGUCGCAAGGAGAUCACCUUGGCCGAGAACGAGAUGCCAGGACUCAUGGCCAUUAGGAAAAAAUAUGGGCCACCAAAGGUACUUAAGGGUGCACGAAUUGCUGGCUGUCUUCACAUGACUGUACAGACUGCAGUGCUGAUUGAAACUCUAGUAGAACUUGGUGCAGAGGUGCAAUGGUCGUCCUGCAAUAUAUUCAGCACCCAGAAUCAUGCAGCAGCUGCUAUAGCGAAAACCGGAGUACCAGUGUACGCUUGGAAAGGUGAAACCGACGAAGAGUACAUCUGGUGCAUAGAGCAGACUCUCGUUUUUCGAGACGGUAAGCCACUCAAUUUGAUUCUCGAUGACGGUGGCGAUCUGACCAACCUCGUACAUACCAAGUACCCACAGUAUCUCGAGGAAUGUCGUGGUAUAUCCGAGGAGACCACCACUGGAGUGCACAAUCUUUACCGUAUGAUGAAGGAGGGCACGCUCAAAGUGCCGGCGAUUAACGUUAAUGACUCUGUUACGAAGAGUAAAUUCGACAACUUGUACGGAUGUAGAGAAUCAUUGAUAGACGGUAUUAAGAGAGCGACCGACAUUAUGAUCGCCGGCAAAGUAUGCGUGGUGGCGGGAUACGGAGAUGUCGGCAAAGGAUGUGCACAGAGUCUCAGAGCUUUCGGAGGUCGCGUUAUUAUCACAGAAAUUGAUCCAAUCAACGCACUUCAAGCAGCUAUGGAAGGAUACGAAGUAACGACAAUGGAUGAGGCGUCUACAAAAGGUCAGAUAUACGUGACCACUACAGGAUGUAAGGAUAUCGUGGUGGGUCGACAUUUUAUGAAUAUGCCGAAUGACGCUAUUGUCUGCAAUAUAGGGCAUUUUGAUUGCGAAAUCGACGUCACUUGGCUAGAGAAGAACGCUGUGGAAAAGAUUAAUAUAAAGCCACAAGUGGAUAGAUACCAUUUGGAGAACGGCAGACAUAUUAUACUACUCGCGGAGGGUCGUUUGGUAAACUUGGGAUGCGCGAUGGGUCACUCGAGCUUCGUCAUGAGCAAUUCGUUUACAAAUCAAGUGCUCGCGCAGAUCGAACUCUGGACAAAAUCGAAUCAGUAUCCGAUUGGCGUACAUAUGUUGCCGAAGAAACUGGACGAGGAAGUUGCGGCAUUACAUCUGAAUCAUCUGGGUGUAAAGUUGACGACUCUGACACCAGAACAAGCCAAAUAUUUAGACGUAUCUGUGGAAGGACCUUAUAAACCCGAUCAUUACCGAUAUUAGUCGGAAUCUAUCACGAGCGAGAAUAUUUACACAGGAAAUAGUAAAUUGUUCUUGUUAUAAUUAUAUAACUGAUUCUUUACAAAAUGGGGAUUAACAAUGUAUCCAAUUUUAUACAAUAUUGG